GGCACGCCGGACAAGCCGCAGCCGCCGCCUGUGGCCGCGCCCAACUCGCGCCUCGACGACGAGCUCGCGCCCUCGCCCGCCUCGCCGCUGCCGCCCUCGCCCGCCUCGCCGCUGACGCCGUCUCCCGACACGGGGGCGGUGAUGAAGGCGGUCGCGAGGGUGCGCUCUGCCACAGAGUCGGCGAUGACGGCGCGGGAGGUGCACGAGGCCAUCGCGGCCGGCGGCGGGUCCACCGCCGCCGCCGGGCUCGCAAAGGUGCGAAAGGCGUCCUCCAAGCUCGCGCGGCUGCGCCGCCGCGGCGGCGACGUCUCGCCAGACGCGCCUGCCCGUCUGCGCGCGCCGCCCGCCGUGCCCGCCGUGCCCGCCGCGUCGGGGCCGCCGCGCGGCGCAGGCGCCGUCGCCGUCCUCCUCGUCCUCCUCGCCCUCAUCCUCAGCGGGGGCCUCGCCCCGCCGCCGCCGCGCUGCUUCUCGCGCCGCUGCUUCAACAACUCCGCUGCCCGGCCCUCCGCCGCGUCCGCCGCCGCGUCUGCCGCCGCCGCGUCCGCCGCCGCCGCCGAGGUCGUCGGCGCCGCGGCGCACGACGCGCGCCACGCACGCGCCGCGCUGCUCGCCGCGACGGCGUGGUCGGCGCCGGCAACGAGGAUGGCGGAGGCGUUGCGCGGCGGCGCGGCGGCGUCGGCUCGUGGCUUCGUGGCUGGUGGCUUCGCGGAGUCGGAGACGACGGCUGGCGGGGCGGGGCGGGGCGGGGCGGGGUGGUGGGGCAACGUGCCGGCGCUCGCGUUCCUGCUGCUAACGUGAGCGGGAGGGCGACGAGGGGAGGGGCUUGGGGGGGUCUUCGGAGAGGCAAACCGCCGAUGCCGUCU